AUGGAUAGCUUUCAUCGUAAAGACAAGGUCGCAGAAAAUAGUAGGAUGAGUAGACAAGAAGACAGUUCGAGUAUAACAAGAAUAGGAAGACUGGUAGUAAGAAUUAGUUAUGUUCGAAAACUUCAGCAAGCAGUGAAUUUUUUAAAAAGAAAUUCUAAGAGAAGAAACUUCAAAAUUUUUCUUGGAAUUUACUACAUUUUCUCAUUUUUUUCGGUUUUGGAUAUAAUUAAAAUUUUUAUGGAUCUUCAAUUGACAAACGUAUUAGGAAUAGUGACCAAACUUUCGUUUCUUUAUAACGUCUUUUUCUAUAUCCUAACAAUUUGUGCUGGUAUUGCGAGAAAAAAGCAGAUAAAAUUGUUCAUAGAACAAUUGGAAGCUUCUAAACAUAGAAUUGACGAACUUAACAUAUCGAGAAAUUAUUCUUCUUAUUUUCGGUAUCAAUAUAUCGCAAGCAUAAUUUUAAUUUUUAUCAUAUCAGGCAUAAUAUUAACCAAUAUUUUUUGGUUCUCCUGUUUAAACUUAUCGAUGGACUAUAGUUUGAUAUUACAGUUCUAUUACUUCGAAAAUUAUCCUAUCAUCGUAAUGAUAAUCAUCGACUUUACUUUUGUCUUCUGGAUGAGGUAUAUAAAGAUCAAAUUUGGUCAAUUGAAUAUUGUACUCCAAAGCAUUCUGACAACAACUGUUGAUUCUCCUCAACAUAAAAGAGUGCUUCGAAUGAAAGAUAACUGGGAAGACGAUUGUUUGUUAUCUACUAUUUAUCAAACGUACAAAACGAAUGAAAACCUGAUGAAAUUAAAGAGAAUCAAACAAAUCCAUUUGGAAUUAAUAAAGUGUGCUGGAAUUAUUAACGAGGCUUAUGGAUUACAAAUACUUAUAUCCAUGUCCUCAUCUGUCAUAAGUAUAAUUGUAUUGUUAUACAAUCUAUAUGCUAACUUAUUUGUAAACAUAUUUAAUAAUUGGAUUAAAGGAUUCCUUGCCCAUACCUAUUGGAUUUUCUUUUUGAUUUCUCGAAUUUUUAUAAUAUGCAACAUAUGCGAAACAACGAUGACAGAAGUAUAUUCUCUUUAA